AUGGCAUCGCCGUCUUCUCCACCGUCAAAGACAUUCCAGGGUUGGGUGGCGCACGACGCGACAACCCCACUGACCUUCACAAGCUUCGAGCCGAAGCCCUUCACCUCAACGGACGUCGAGAUCAAAGUCUCACACUGUGGGAUCUGCGGGACAGACAUCCACACGCUGCGAUCAGGCUGGGGCCCAGCAGAUUACCCGUGCGUGGUGGGACACGAGAUCAUCGGGACAGUAGAGCGAGUCGGGAGCGACGUAUCAACCCUGGCAUCGUCGGCAGCGUCGCGAGCGAUUCGAGUCGGUGAUCGCGUGGGAAUCGGCGCGCAAAGCAAUUCCUGUCUGCGGGCAGACUGCGAGGCAUGCGCGGACGGGCAGGAGAGCUACUGCACGCGCAUGACAGGCACGUACAACGGGCGCUACGCAGACAAGAGCAAGUCGUACGGCGGAUUCGCGACGCACUGGCGCGGGCCGGCGCAUUUCGUGUUCCGCAUCCCCGACACCCUGCCCUCGGCGGAGGCGGCGCCGCUCCUAUGCGGCGGCGUGACUGUGUAUGCGCCGUUGCGCAAGCACGGCGCCGGGCCCGGCAAGACGGUCGGCGUUGUGGGUAUCGGCGGACUGGGACACCUAGGGAUCUUGUUUGCGCGAGCGCUCGGGGCCGAUCGCGUGGUGGCUAUCUCGCGGUCCUCGAGCAAGCGCGCCGAUGCGGUGCAGGGCCUAGGCGCUGAUGCCUUCAUUGCGACGGCCGAGGAUAAGGGCUGGGCCAAGACUUAUUCCCGGACUUUGGAUAUCGUUUUGUCGACGGUCGAUGCUCCGGAUAUGCCUUUGGCGCAGUAUUUGCGGCUGCUCAAGCGUGACGGGACCUUUGUUCAGGUCGGCGCUCCGGAGCGUCCAUUGCCGCCGUUGACGGCGUGGUCGCUAAUCCAGAAGAGUGUGAAGGUGACGGGGUCGAAUAUUGGCUCGCCCGAUGAUAUUCGCUCUAUGUUGCAGCUUGCUGCUGAGAAGCGUGUUCUGCCUUGGAUUCAGAAGCGGCCCAUGGAGGAUGUGAAUGCGGCUUUGGCUGAUAUGGACGCUGGCAAGGCUCGCUAUCGGUAUGUGUUGCAGAAUGGGGAAGCGCAGGCUAAACUGUAG